AUGCAGGCUAUCGUACUAGAGAACCUCACCGACUACUUCUCAAUUCCAAACAUCUGCGAUAUCAAAUUAGGUAAAAUUCUCUAUGACGAUGACGCAACGGAGGAGAAACGCGAGCGUAUGAUUAAAUCUGCUAUGGAUACAACUAGCUAUAGUACAGGUAUGCGUUUCACUGGAUUCAAGGUGUGGAACUCAAAAACAGAGUCAUACGAAACAACGGGAAAGGAAUAUGGAAAGUCAAUAAAAUCCCAUGAGCUCCAAGAAGCCCUCCGGAAGUUCAUACCAACACCUCACACUCUCACACUCGAACAACUCAAGCUAGUCGUGUCUAGCAUUCUUAAACAAGUUCAAGAAAUACGUGACGCUGUCAAGAUUAUGCCAUUCAGAGCAAUUAGUUCGUCUUUAUUAAUCGUUCACGAGGCUGAUAGUGAAGAUUUCCUAGAAGAACAAGCUGCGAUGGUUAAAUUGAUAGAUUUCGCUCAUACUAGAUUGACGCCAGACGAUUCUCUUCCAGAUACGAACAUAUUAUUGGGUAUCAAUACGCUAAUUGAUCUAUUGUACAGUUAUAACGACUAUAUUAAUGAAGAAGUAGAUUACUGA